CUGAUGGAGAUGUCACAGUCCGAUCCGGUUACAGAAUGGAACUCAUCAGGUGGCCAAACAGGGCUCGAAGAGCCUAUGUGGCAGUUAGGGUUGGGAGGUGGGUCGGAAUCGUAUCCUGAACGGCCGGAUGAGGCUGAUUGUAUCUAUUAUUUGAAGACAGGGUUUUGUGGCUAUGGUUCUCGCUGUCGGUUUAACCAUCCUCGUGAUCGUGGUUCGGUUGCCGGAGUUAUGAGGUCUGCCGGAGGGGAAUACCCGGAACGAAUUGGACAACCCGUAUGUCAGUAUUAUAUGAGGACGGGAAUGUGCAAAUUUGGUGCUUCUUGCAAGUAUCAUCAUCCAAGACAGGGGAUCGGAUCAUCAAGCACAUUGGCACUUAAUAUGUCUGGAUACCCUCUUCGUCCUGGUGAAAAAGAGUGUUCAUACUACUUGAAAACAGGGCAGUGUAAGUUUGGGGUUACCUGUAAAUUUCAUCAUCCCCAGCCUACUGCCAUCAUUUCACCACCACCACCACCGCCUUUGGCACAGGCACAGACACCCGAAUCUUUGUCUAUGUCCUCUGCUAUAUACCCAACUUCUGUUGCCUCUUCUCAACAGUAUGGAGUCUUUUCCGGCAACUGGCCAGUUGCACGACCUUCUCUUCUUCCAGGAUCAUAUCUCCCAGGGACUUACGGUCCAGUGAUACUUCCACCAGGAAUGGUCCCAUUUCCAGGUUGGAAUCCUUAUCAGACACCUGUUAGUCCAGUAGCAUCUCCUAAUACUGUUGGAGGAGGUCCGCUUUAUGCAAUAAAUCCUCAUUUAUCUCCUCCAAUGUCUUCUUAUACUGGAUCUUAUCUUUCUAUGCCAUCUUCUACUGGUCCUAGUAAAAAAGAACAUGCUUUUCCGGAAAGGCCUGGUGAACCUGAAUGUCAAUAUUUCUUGAAGACAGGGGAUUGCAGAUUUGGUUCCUCGUGUAGAUACCAUCAUCCACAAGAAUGGAAUGUACCAAGGACAAACUUUGUGCUUAGCCCUAUGGGCCUUCCCCUCCGUCCAGGUGCACCUCUGUGUUCACAUUAUGCUCAAAAAGGGGUGUGCAAGUUUGGGCCGUCAUGCAGAUUUGAUCACCCAAUGGGAACCUUAAGUUACAGCCCAUCUGAGUCUUCACUAGCAGACAUGCCAGUUGCACCAUAUCCUGUUGGAUCUUCCAUUGGCACUCUAGCUCCAUCAUCAUCUUCAUCGGAUUUGAGGGUGCAGCAGGAGGAGGUUAUUUCUGCUGCAACCAACAAGGAGGAUGGUCUGUCAAUGACGAGUAUGCCGAGCGCUUCAGUUGGAUCAAGUUUAUCCCAGAGCAUGCCACUUAGUGGCAGCAGCACGUAGCGAGCGGGUGGUACCGAUUCCCUAACAUGCCAUCUUUUUUUUUGGUUUUGUGGCAAGUCCUCAGUUGAUGGUUGCAUCUAUACCUUAUAUUUACAUGGCCAACAUUUUGAAUAAGCCAAAACAGCCUAGGACCCUUUCACCCAAAUUAGCUUUUGAAUAACCAGAAGGAAAAAAAACGUCAUGCCUGUGUCUGUUUAUGAUAUGAUGUUGUAUAGGAACAAAAAAGGAUUUCUUUGUCCAUCUUGUGUUGUGCUUCCUACUUAUACUCAUGUGGAAGAAGGUUUUUUAUCUGUGAAUUUUUGAUUUGUGACUUCGGAAAUGGAUUUAUUUG